AUGGAUACUAUUAGUGAAUACUUGGAAUUUCUGAUUGAUUUUAAAGGCCAAGAGAAAGCUGAAGAUAUCGUACACAAAUCAAACUAUUUAAUUAUUCCAAUUUCCUUAAUUAUUGGUUGGUUAACGCAAGAUUUAUUUUCAACUGUUAUUUCAUUUUUAGUUCAGUUUGCGAUUGUUUUACUAAUUGUUUUACCUAAUUGGCCAUUAUACAACAAGAAUCCAGUUAGUUGGAUACAGAUCAAAUAUGAGUUAUGA